AUGGAACCCCUAAGUCGUUCGAAUUCCGGCUCAACUCUCUCUCGCUCAACAACUCCAACUAUACAAUCUAAGCAACGAUAUCAAGGAAAUCGAUCCCCCAAGGAUUUCGUCACUCGUGUUUUAAGUCCAAGGGUUGCCGUGAUAUCUACGCAAGAUGCUGAUCAAGCCUGUCAAACUAAUAAUUUUCCUGAUUUUCUCUCUCUAAUUAAACCUUUUGGUGAUCGAAUUGAAGGAAGAGUUUCUGUUCAAGAUUCUCAAGGUUUACUGAACCCAGUAGAGAACUUUACUAUACGCUUUGCUCAUUUAACAAGUUUAGGACAACCCGAUGUUCAACUUACUUCUCAAAUUAUUGCCGAAAAAGUAAAAUCAAUUAGUAGUAAUCUUAAUAUUUUAGAUGAUUUACCAGAAAUUUCCAAAAAAACUGACGUAAAUGAAAGGUAUUUGGCAGUAAACCAAGAUGAUUUAACACCAUGGUACGCAGAAUAUCGGCGGUUAUUUUUCACAUUCACUGGUGUUACUGAACAUGAAUCUUUUGAUCAUCCUGUUGCUUGUAUUAUCGCAAUAAGUUCAUCUAAUCCUGAUCCUGAAAAUACAUUGCUUCAAUUAUACAAUGAUACGACACCUGCGCCUAUUUUUGAAAAAGGAUUUAUGGAUCCAAAUAUUCUGAAAUAUUGUGUACUUUUACACGAUAAUCAUAAAGAGACCUUGGAACAUUCUGAGGCUGUUCUUGAAAAAAUCAAACGAACAUUUGGACUUAACUGUCAUCUAUUGAAAUUAAAUUCUAUACCUCAAACAGUUCCGACUGAAAAUCAUGAUCUUUUUUCUGCGCAAGCGUCUCCUGUUAAAACCAGUAAUUCUAUACCCGAUAUAUGGACACCUUAUCUCAUUGAGGACAAAGUUCUUAAAGAUCUUCUUGCUAAUUCACCUUCUAGAAAAUCUACUUCCUUUGAGCAUCAUUCUCGUCAAAGUUCAUUAACUUCUCUUUCAAGUUAUUCUCUUCCAUUAUCUCCUACCAUGUCAACCUUAAAUUCUCCAACAUCCUCCUUAGACGAGGAUAUGAUUUUUAGUAAAGAAAAUAUUGUAGUUGAUUCACAAAGUACAAUUGGUUUUAGUCUUGUUGGGGAUAUUGAGCCAUCACCCGUUAUAUAUGGUCAAUACCUUAGUGAAAACGACAUUACCGGCAUUCAUAAUUUUGUGGGAAUUUUGGUUAGGCAAAGUAUAGUACCUAAUAUGGAAAGAAAUAUUCGACACUGGAAUGAACAGGUAGCUUCUUCUCGGCGUGGAAUAACCGGUCGUUUAUUUAGUGCUAGUAGACGUUACUUUAGUACUGGGAUAAAAUCUACAACAGCAGUUCAACAAUCGGCACAAUCUCCUUUCGUGUCUAAUACUCAUACUACUAAUCCAGCAAUUCAAAUAUAUGCGCAUAAUACACCUGAAGCUCAAAUGCGUAAAUUAGCUGAUUAUGCAUUCAUGCUUCGAGAUUAUAAAUUUGCACAUUCCGUAUACGAUUCGGUUAAAAAAGAUUUCUCGGCAGAUAAAGCAUGGAAAUAUUAUGCUGGUGCUCAAGAAAUGAUUGGUAUCUGCUUGCUAAUGUUAUCAACUUCUGGAAGUCGAACUGAUACCGAUCAUUAUUUCGAACAAUCUGUAAAUGCCUAUCUUAACCGUUCUAAGGAACCCUUUUACGCAACAAAAGUAACGUUGUUGUAUUAUGAGAUGUUGAAAUUUAAAAAUUUAUAUAAAGAUGCACCAGCAGCAUUAGUUAGAAUGACUGGUGAAGACUCUGAGUUAAGAAGUGCGUUAUUUUUGGAACAAGCUGCACUCGCUUUUCUGAGAUGUGCCAGACCAAUGGUUCGAAAAUAUGCAUUUCAUAUGAUUAUGGCCGGUCAUAGAUAUGGCAAAUGUAACCAGCGUGAGCAUGCGUAUAGGUGUUAUCUUGCCGCUUCCAAAGUCUUUGAAAAUCAUUCUUGGUCUUUGGCUGAAGAUCAUAUUCACUUCGCUCUUGGUAGACAAUCAUUUCAUUUGGGUGAUCUUGAUACAUCUCUUAAAUAUUUCUUGAAGUUAUUAAGAGCCAGUCGUCAGUCAGCAACACAACAGAGUGCAUAUUUAAGAGAAUUUUUAAUUAUUUAUAAACAAUACUUAUUAAAGAAGGAUAAAGAUUCCAAUUUCGAAUUACAAGAAUUACCUAUCCCAACUUUUGAUGAUUAUUCUGUCAGGGUUGUGUUAUCCAACUCCCAAUCUAACGAAUAUGACGAAAUUUGGGAUACAAUGGAAAAAGAAUUCCUAGAAGAAGGUUUCUCGGGAUUGGAUAUUUACGGAAACCCAAGAAAAAAGCCGUCUCCAUUGGGCAGUGAUCUUCAUCGAACUGUCUGUGCUGUAGGAGAACCGUUUUUUGUCCAGUUCAAUGUUCACAAUCCGAUGCAUAUUCAAAUAAAUAUUAAUGAUUUGAUUUUAGAAUGUGAUCAUGUUCCUUUAGAGAACUCUGAAGAGAAUUCAAGGAAUUCAAGUGAAGAAAUAAAUAAUGAAGAAUCGUCAAAACAUAAUAAUAAUUUAGAUAACGCGGAUGUAAAAUCGAUUAAGUUUGAAGCAUUUGAUUUGGAAAUACUCUCCGAAGUUACUUUACCAGGCUCAGAAACGAAAGCGAUAUCCUUACGUGUAUUACCUAAGAAACAAGGUACACUUAAAGUCCUUGGACUUCGAUAUAAUCUGAACUCUCUUAUUCGAGGGGUAAAAAAGUUUUCGAGACGCGGUAAACGUUUAAAUGACACCAAUGACCAACGUACGAGCGUAGUUUAUACUACAGAUCGAUCGUUGGAUUUAAUGGUGACAUCUCCAAUGCCAUUACUUGAAGUUGCUUUUCAUUCUUUCCCAGAUGCAUUAUUCUCUGGUGAAGUAGCUCAGGUUGUAUUAGAAAUAAACAACAAAGGACAAAAGGGUCUUACUGACUUGCGAGUGAAAAUAAGUCAUCCAAGCUUCUUUUGUAUUGGUGAUGCAGAAAUGCUAGGAAAAGUGAUUUAUGAUAAUUCUGAAGAUUCAAAUUGUCUGACCACUGAGACAUUAAAGACAAUAAAUUCUGUUUUUAAUUCCAGUAUCAAGGACAUUCCAUUACCAACGAAAGAGGGUAUAAAUUCAGAUUCAGCAUCAUCAUCGCUUGCACCCGGAAUAACAACCUUGAUCCCAAUUUGGAUUCGUGGCGAUCGCAUUGGAAAACAUAUGUUCCGAUUUUUGUUUACUUAUGAAUCAGAGGAUAAUAAUAUGGCAAUGAAAUAUAGAAGUCUUCGUUAUUUUAAAACGACUCAAGUUUAUCCUUCACUUAAAAUUAACGCUUUUACCAGACCAAGUACUCGAGGUUUAAAUGAAUUUAUUUUGGGCAUUGAGAUUGAGAAUUUGCAAAAUAAUGAAUUUCAAUUGUGUCAACUUUCUUCAAUAAGUCCUUCUUGGAUAAUAUCGGCCGUAAAUAAUGGAUCUUCUAGUGGGGAUAUAGUUUCAAAGUCUUUGAUAGCACCUCGGCAGACUAUAUUUAUUUAUUAUCGAAUAAAUAGAAAUGAAAAGCUUUCCACAAAUGAUAAUGAUGAUGCAAAUGACUCGGAGAGUAACGAUAUAACUCCUGAAGUAUUCACAUCUAAUGCACUAGAACAAUUAUUAAUAGGCGAAAAGAAUUUACAGGCAGAGCCAUCUCCAAUAAAGCUUACUAUAACGAAUGUUCCUUUUAGAGAUCGUACGAUUACUAGCUCAGUAAAUCCAUUACAAGGGUUUUCAAUGAAUUCUCGCGUCCAAUGGAGGUCCAAUACUUUAAUAAAUCAAUUUCCUUUUAUAUCCCAAAAUAAACAUCGAAAUAUUUUUACAUUAUAUAAUACAAACGAUGUUGACUUAGCAUUAUAUUGGAAUAUACCUUACUCACAAUCACAACGUCAAGGACAUCAUUAUAUUAUCGGUAUAAAUCUUGGCGUUCAGCAAAAUCCUUUUCAAGGUUCAAAUACAUCAUUAGGUCCUAAUAGAGCAUUGUUUGAGUCAACUGUCAGAGAGCGAACUUUGCUUUUGAAUAGUUUGUCUAAAAAUAAAAAUUUUAAAGAUGAUAGUCCAUUGAAACUUGUUAUACAAUGCGCGGAUAUAUAUAAACACGAUUUUGAAUUUCAAAGCUUUUGUAUUGUUCCCGUAACAAUAUCAAUAAAAAAUUGUUCUUGGAAUAAGAGAAUUGGGUUUACAUUGGAGUUGAUUUCAUCUGAUCAAAAUGAUACAAAUCGAAGGUAA